CCAGACAAGUACAGCUGCAUUGAGGCAGGCGAGCGCUGUUCGCAAAGGGCCAACGUCAACUCCCUCCUUUCUCGUCUCUUCUGUGGAAGAGAUCUUCUGAAGUCCUUUCGACGUUGCGCACGCAAAGCAAGAUCUUCGCUCGUAAGGAUCAAUUAGCCUACAGCGGCAGACCCAUGAGAGCACCGGCCUGGAAAUCCACACAAUACAUAUUCGUAAAGAUUGCGUCCGAUUAAAUGCGGAUUUUUAUUUUGGAUUUUUUUUCUUGCUUGAUCCUAUGCUGGAUCUCAUCUCGACAAGAGUGUGACCCAAUACGGAAAUUUUUGACCAUCACCGGCAGCAAGUGGAGCUCGUGUCGUGUUUCUUAGACAGGGCCCGGAUGUUCCAAAGAUGCACUGGUUUGUUUUCCUAGGCGGGUCCAACGAACACCUCUUUACGUGUUUUAACCCCGUAAUGGGAAUCAGGUAAUAUUUAAUCAACUAACAAAAGGGAAUAAGUCAGGCACCGCGCUCUUUCCCCCAUUUCUUCCCCCUGUUCAUUUUUCACCUGGGGUUGUUUCCCUGCCGCCCCAUCCCCCUACUCAGUUUUGCCUCGUUCAUUAUACGGAUAAAACAAUUUGGACUACGUUUGUAGUCAAUGAGAGGAAAUAUGUACAUACCAGAGGAUACCCAGGAAAACCAUCACGGUUCCAACUACUCCAGUCCAUGUCUGGGUAGUGUGAAUAAACAGGAGCAUGGCGUUAUUGUUGGGGGCAGCAGCAGAGGUGGUGUGAUUGGCUUGGCACCUGAGCACAUCACAACCCCGGUUACUGCCCUUAGCUGGCAGGCAGCCAUCAACGCAGCACGCCAGGCUAAACUGAUGGGCAGUACAGCAGCAACACCCAUCUCCACUACCACUUCUACGCAGCGUAAACGUCAGCCCUAUAGCAAACCUAAGAAACCGGCAAGCACAGUAACCACACGCCCCCCACGUGCCCUCCUCUGCCUUACCCUUAAAAAUCCAAUCCGCCGAGCCUGUAUCAACAUUGUGGAAUGGAAACCCUUUGAAAUCAUUAUUUUAAUGACUAUUUUUGCAAACUGUGUGGCCUUGGCUGUCUACAUCCCUUUUCCUGAGGAUGAUUCUAAUGCCACCAAUUCUAACCUGGAACAAGUAGAAUAUCUCUUCCUUAUAAUCUUUACUGUGGAGGCAUUUCUGAAGGUGAUUGCAUAUGGACUGCUGUGCCACCCUAAUGCCUACCUAAGGAAUGGCUGGAAUCUUCUGGAUUUUAUUAUUGUGGUUGUAGGGUUGUUCAGUGCUAUAUUAGAGCAGGCCACAAAGGGAGAUGGAGGAACACCUAUAGGAGGGAAGGCAGCAGGGUUUGAUGUCAAGGCUCUGCGAGCGUUCAGAGUACUAAGACCCCUACGAUUGGUUUCUGGAGUGCCCAGUUUGCAAGUAGUGUUGAACUCCAUCAUUAAAGCCAUGGUUCCUCUUCUGCACAUUGCUCUGCUCGUACUCUUCGUCAUCAUCAUCUAUGCCAUCAUUGGUCUUGAGCUGUUUAUGGGAAAGAUGCAUCGGACAUGUUUUCUUUUUAGAGAUGGACAUAAAGGUCCUAUAGCUGAGGAGAAGCCUGCACCAUGUGCUCCAAACUCUGCCCACGGACGGCACUGCUUCCCAUCCAACACCACACAGUGCAUGAUGGGAUGGGAGGGUCCAAAUGAUGGCAUUACAAACUUUGAUAACUUUGCAUUUGCCAUGCUAACUGUCUUUCAGUGCAUCACCAUGGAGGGUUGGACAGAUGUACUUUACUGGAUGCAGGAUGCUAUGGGCUAUGAGCUUCCCUGGGUCUAUUUUGUCAGUCUCGUCAUCUUUGGAUCCUUUUUCGUUCUAAAUCUGGUUCUUGGGGUGUUGAGUGGGGAGUUCUCUAAGGAGCGUGAAAAGGCAAAAGCACGUGGAGAUUUCCAAAAAUUAAGAGAAAAGCAGCAGCUUGAAGAGGAUCUGAAGGGCUACCUUGACUGGAUUACACAAGCUGAGGACAUAGACCCAGAAAAUGAUGAAGAUGGAUUAGAAGAUGAAAAGCACAGAAAUUUGAGUAUUCCAGCAAGUGAGAAUGAAUCGGUGAACACUAAUAAUGCUCCAGCUGGAGAGAUGGAGGGGGAAGCAGGCUGCACACGCCUAGCAAAUAGGAUUUCCAAAUCAAAAUUCAGUCGAUAUUCACGUCGAUGGAAUCGCCUGUGCCGGCGUAAGUGUCGGGCUGGUGUAAAGUCAAAUGUGUUUUACUGGCUGGUAAUUUUUUUAGUGUUCCUGAAUACUCUUACCAUUGCCUCUGAGCACCAUCAGCAACCACAAUGGCUGACUGAAGUACAAGACAUUGCCAAUAAGGUUCUCCUUGCUCUCUUCACUGGAGAAAUGCUUCUGAAGAUGUACAGUUUGGGCCUGCAGGCUUAUUUUGUCUCACUCUUUAACCGUUUUGAUGGUUUUGUGGUGUGCGGCGGGAUCCUGGAGACCAUACUUGUUGAAACAAAGAUAAUGUCCCCUCUAGGCAUCUCAGUGCUGCGUUGUGUGCGCCUGCUGCGAAUCUUUAAAAUAACCAGGUACUGGAACUCUCUUAGCAACUUGGUAGCAUCUUUGCUGAACUCUGUACGCUCCAUUGCCUCUCUGCUGCUGCUGCUCUUCCUCUUCAUCAUCAUCUUCAGUUUGCUUGGCAUGCAACUGUUUGGUGGGAAGUUCAACUUUGAUGAAACACGUCGGAGUACUUUUGACAACUUUCCCCAGUCUUUACUCACAGUCUUUCAGAUUCUUACUGGAGAGGACUGGAACUCUGUCAUGUAUGAUGGGAUUAUGGCCUACGGUGGGCCAUCAUUUCCUGGCAUGCUGGUGUGCAUCUACUUCAUCAUUCUCUUUAUUUGUGGAAAUUAUAUUCUCCUCAAUGUCUUUUUGGCCAUUGCUGUGGACAACCUUGCAGAUGCAGAAAGCCUGACAUCUGCUCAAAAGGAAGAGGAGGAAGAGAAGGAGAGAAAGAAGCUUGCCAGAAUUGCUAGUUUGGAAAAGCGGCAAAACAGUGAGAAACAUCCAAUAGAGGAUGAAAAAAGAGAGGAGAAGAUUGAGAUGAAAUCAGUUACUUUGGAUGGAAAAACAUCAACCACCAAGGUCAAUAUUGAUGACUACACAGAUGAUAAGAAUGAGGAGAAGAAUCCAUAUCCAGUGAAUGACUUUCCAGAAGAAGACGAUGAAGAACCAGGAAUGCCAGUUGGUCCUAGACCACGCCCUCUUUCAGACAUUCAACUAAAGGAGAAAGCCGUUCCCAUGCCUGAAGCCAGGGCUUUCUUCAUUUUUAGCCAUACUAACAGGUUUCGGGUUUUAUGUUAUACAAUUGUCAACCACAACAUCUUUACCAAUCUUAUACUUUUCUUCAUUUUACUGAGUAGCAUCUCACUGGCAGCAGAGGAUCCAGUUAAAAGUGACUCAUUUAGAAAUCAGAUUUUAAGCUAUGCAGAUCACGUUUUUACAGGUCUUUUCACCAUAGAAAUCUUAUUAAAGAUGACAGCAUAUGGGGCUUUCUUUCAUAAGGGUUCUUUUUGUCGUAACUACUUUAACAUUCUGGACCUGGUAGUAGUCAGUGUCUCUCUCAUCUCCUCAGGGAUUCACAGGUCAAGUGCCAUUAAUGUAGUGAAGAUUUUGCGAGUUCUUAGAGUACUUAGACCCCUGAGGGCCAUCAACAGAGCCAAGGGCCUUAAACAUGUAGUCCAGUGUGUAUUUGUGGCUAUUCGCACUAUUGGAAAUAUUGUCAUAGUCACCACUCUGCUGCAGUUCAUGUUUGCCUGUAUUGGAGUGCAACUCUUUAAGGGCAAGUUCUUCUACUGCACUGACUCCUCUAAACAGACACAGACAGAAUGUAGGGGGACUUAUAUUCUGUAUAAAGAUGGUAAUGUUGGGAAGCCAGAAAGAGGUCAUCGUACCUGGGAGAACAGUGACUUCAACUUUGAUGAUGUUCUGCAAGGCAUGAUGGCCUUGUUUGCGGUGUCUACAUUUGAAGGAUGGCCAGGGCUUCUGUACAGAGCCAUAGAUUCCCAUGCUGAAGAUAUUGGCCCCAUUUACAACUUCCGUGUGGUCAUCUCCAUCUUCUUUAUCAUCUAUAUCAUUAUCAUCGCCUUCUUCAUGAUGAAUAUCUUUGUCGGUUUUGUCAUUGUUACCUUCCAGGAGCAGGGAGAGCAGGAGUACAAAAAUUGUGAGCUAGACAAAAACCAGCGGCAGUGUGUGGAGUAUGCUCUUAAGGCUCGGCCACUACGUAGGUACAUUCCUAAAAACCCAUACCAGUACAAGGUAUGGUAUGUGGUCAACUCCACCUAUUUUGAAUACCUGAUGUUUACCUUAAUCCUACUCAACACCAUCUGUUUGGCAAUGCAGCACCAUGGUCAGUCACCAUCCUUCAACAAAGCCAUGAACAUCCUCAACAUGCUCUUCACUGGUCUUUUUACUGUGGAAAUGAUUCUUAAACUUAUUGCCUUCAAACCAAAGGGUUACUUUAGUGACCCCUGGAAUGUUUUUGACUUCCUCAUCGUAAUUGGCAGCAUAAUAGAUGUCAUUCUAAGUGAAAUAAAUCCAGCCGACCUGUCCUUCGCCACCUCCUCCACUGUGGUAAGACCAAUGAAUACAGAAGAUAAUGCCAGAAUCUCUAUCACCUUUUUUCGACUCUUUCGAGUGAUGAGACUGGUAAAGCUGCUUUCACGGGGUGAAGGAAUUCGGACCCUGCUAUGGACCUUCAUCAAAUCUUUUCAAGCACUUCCAUAUGUAGCAUUGCUCAUAGUAAUGCUCUUCUUCAUCUAUGCUGUUAUUGGAAUGCAGGUAUUUGGAAAGAUAGCACUCAGAGAUAACAGCCAAAUCAACCGAAACAACAACUUUCAGACAUUUCCACAGGCUGUGCUUCUACUUUUCAGAUGUGCAACGGGUGAAGCCUGGCAAGAAAUCAUGCUAGCCUGUUCCCCUAACCGCCCAUGUGAGAAAGGCUCUGAAGAGGGCCCUACCAGUGAGGAGUGUGGUAGCCAUUUUGCCAUCAUUUAUUUUGUCAGUUUCUACAUGCUUUGUGCCUUUUUGAUUAUCAACUUGUUUGUGGCUGUAAUAAUGGACAACUUUGACUAUCUGACUCGGGAUUGGUCAAUCCUCGGACCACAUCAUCUUGAUGAGUUCAAGAGAAUAUGGGCAGAGUAUGACCCUGAGGCUAAGGGAAGAAUUAAGCAUCUGGAUGUGGUAACAUUACUAAGGAGAAUUCAGCCACCACUGGGAUUUGGCAAACUCUGUCCUCACAGAGUGGCAUGCAAGCGCCUGGUGUCCAUGAAUAUGCCGCUGAACAGUGAUGGCACAGUGAUGUUUAAUGCUACUCUGUUUGCUCUGGUGCGCACAGCCCUUCGCAUUAAAACUGAAGGCAAUCUAGAGCAAGCAAAUGAAGAACUGAGGGCUAUAGUAAAGAAAAUUUGGAAGAGGACAAGUAUGAAGUUGCUGGACCAAGUUGUGCCCCCAGCUGGAGAUGAUGAAGUCACAGUUGGGAAGUUUUAUGCUACUUUCCUUAUUCAGGAAUACUUUAGAAAGUUCAAGAAGCGAAAAGAACAGGGCCUAGUGGCUAAAGUACCUCCCAAGACUUCUCUUUCUUUGCAGGCUGGCCUGCGUACACUGCAUGAAAUGGGUCCAGAAAUAAGGAGGGCGAUAUCAGGGGACCUCACGGCAGAGGAGGAGCUGGAGAAGGCCAUGAAAGAAACAAUGUGCACUGCAUCUGAAGAUGAUAUAUUUAGGCGAUCCGGUGGUCUCUUCGAUAAUCACAUGAACUAUUACCAUCAGAACGACAGUCAUGCAUCUUUCCCACAAUCUUUUACCAAUCAGCGGCCACUGCACAUCAGCAAAUCAGACAGCCAUGAAGAGACACCAUCACAUGAAAAACUGGUGGAUUCCACCUUCACGCCAAGUAGCUACUCUUCCUCAGGUUCCAAUGCCAACAUCAACAACGCCAACAACACGGCUAUUGGUUGCUGCCACCAGAGCCUGUCCACUAUCAAUGUAGAUAGGCACACAAGACCCAUCUUCACACCUAGUCUACUGCCUCACUCCUCAUGGUGCUUCCCUAAUAAGAGCUUGGAAGCAACUGACAGUAAUCCUCCAUUAAUGAGUCAGGAGGAGUCAUUAACAGGAGAAAUAAAUAAUCAGAUGUUUUUAGAAAGACAAUGCCACCACAAGCAAGACACACUCGCCACCAAAAUGUUGGCACUGCAGGAUGAAGAGUGUAAACAGCAAGCUGUGAUGGAGAAAAGGGAUGUGGAGGAAGAAAAAAGAUUGUGGCAAAUUCGAAAAACGUUUUUCUGUUCCACAGCACUAGGUAGACGAGCUUCCUUUAACUUGGAGUGUCUGAGGGGACAAACCAUAUCAGAUGCCUCAUACAAGACAGCAUUGCCUCCGCACUUGGUCCAGCAUCAGGACUUCAUAUCUGAGGGGCUGGUCCACUAUGCACAGGACCCCUCAUUCAAUGAGGUGGCCAAGCAGGAGAGAACUGAUGCAUGUAACACGAGCAUGGAGGAAAUGGAGAAUGUAGCAGAAAACAUGCUUAACAGGCCUCCCAGCUUAAAUGGUAACCUUUUGCCCUAUAAGUGCUGUAGUGAUGCUGGGAGCAAGAACCAGGUGCUGAACAGAGCAAGAGAGACAGAGCAUCAUGAAAAUGGGGUAGGUGGGCUAAAGAGAGGCAGAGUCCUGAUAGAGAAUGAGGAUAUGGACUCUGUACCAAGCUUGUAGGAAGAACAUUAUCAUCAAGAAUUUUUUUGCUUUGCCCUGUCUGAUCAUCUCAGGAGCUUUCCUGCUCUGUCUGGGAACACUAAGACAUCCUCUUAACCAGAACAGUAUAUUUUAAUUCUGUGUUUAUUGUAGACAUAAGAAGCAGCUAAGUUAGUUGUUUUUCAGACAUGAAUGGCUGUAAGCAGACACUUGUAAGCAUAUCACCACUGAACAAGAGAGAGAAAAUGUGUAUCUAAAGUGCCUAAACAUUCUUAUAAGCCUGAAUGAAAGAUUAAUCAUUUGUCAUUUUAUUGAUAGAACAUGACUAAAAUUCCCCCGUGUUUGCUCAGUUAAGGUAAGUUUAUGUUUGUGUCUACAUCUGAGAAAA